AUGGCAGCCGACGGGGCGCUGCACGCCGUGGUCAAGCUGCAGGUGCGCCUGGCUGCCCACUCCGAUCCCAAGAAGCUGGCGAAAUACCUGAAGAAACUCUCCGCCUUGCCAGUGACAGCACACACCCUGGCGGAGACUGGAGUCCGCAAGACGGUCAAGCGCUUGCGCACACACCAGCACGUGGGCAGCUUGGCCAGGGACUUAGCCGCCCAGUGGAAGAAGUUGCUGGUCGUGGCGCGGGACACCCGGCCUGAACAACUGGCCUUUGAGGAGAGCCGUUCCCGAAAGCGCCGCAGGGAGGAGUUUCCGAAGGAGCCGAAGGUGCAGGGCGCCUGCCCAGAAAGCCACGGAGCCUCCGAGAGCCCAUCCGACGGCACGGAGCACGGACGCAGAAAGCACAGGAGACUUUCGCAGCCCCAGACACCUCCCAAGGGGUCUUCCGCGGGGGGAGACCCGUGUCCUGCUCUGGAGCCCGCGUGGGAGGGGUGCACGCCCGAUCAGCCAGGUCGCAUCAUCGAGAAAUACAAUCCCACACUAGCGAAAGAAACGGACCCCUUAUGGAAAAGGCGCUGUCAACGAGACUUUAAGGAGGCCCGGCCGGAGGAGCACGAGUCGUGGCGGGAGAUGUACCUGCGGCUCCGGGAGGCCCGAGAGCGGCGGCUCCGGCUGGUGACCAUGAAGAUCCGCUCUGCACGCGCCGAGAAGCCCAGAGGCCGACAGACACAGAUGAUCUUCUUCCACUCU